GGAUGACGUCACAGUCACUUCGUCCGUAUUUUUUCUAGCAUAUGGUUCACGCCUCCGAACUCCAGGACGUUCUCUUUUAGUGCAAAGUUACACAAGACCCAUUCAUUUGAAAAGCUGUUUCUCGACUGUUGAAAAGGUGAACAAAAUGGCAAUGGUUUCGAUUAAACGGAUUUUGAUCACUGAAAGUGUGGAUCCAUGCUGUACGAAGAUCCUGCAGGAUAAUGGCAUUCAGGUUGCGGAAAAGAAAACUAUGACCAAAGAUGAGCUCAUUGCUGAAAUAAAGGAUUAUGAUGGUCUGGUGAUUAGAUCUGCUACAAAAAUAACAGAAGAAAUCAUCAAUGCAGCUGUUAACCUAAAGAUAAUCGGCAGAGCUGGGACUGGUGUUGACAAUGUGGAUGUGGAUGCAGCCACGAAGAGAGGCAUCAUUGUCAUGAACACCCCUAGUGGAAACACUAUCAGUGCUGCUGAACUGACAUGUGCCCUGCUGAUGUGUCUCUCCAGAGGCCUGCCGCAAGCAGUCAUGUCCAUGAAAGCUGGGAAUUGGGAUCGAAAAAAGUUCAUGGGUACAGAGCUGUAUGGCAAAAUUCUUGGAAUAGUUGGUCUUGGGAGAAUUGGGAAGGAAGUCGCAACCAGGAUGCAGUCUUUUGGAAUGAAGACUAUCGGCUAUGACCCCAUCACUCCCCCAGAAAUCUCUGCUACUUGGGGUGUUGAGCAGAUGUCUCUGGAACAGCUGUGGCCUCAGUGUGAUUACAUCACUGUACACACCCCUCUCAUGCCCUCUACAACAGGACUGUUGAAUGAUGCCUCUUUUGCCAAGUGUAAGAGGGGUGUGAAGGUGGUGAACUGUGCUCGUGGAGGCAUCAUUGAUGAGGCAGCUUUGCUCAGAGCUCUGGAGUCUGGCCAAUGUGGUGGGGCAGGCCUUGAUGUAUUUGUUGAGGAACCACCCAAGGACUAUUCCCUGGUGAACCACCCCAAUGUGAUCAGCUGCCCACAUCUGGGUGCUAGCACCAAGGAGGCCCAAGCACGCUGUGGGCAGGACAUUGCCCUGCAGAUUGUGGACAUGCUGCAUGGUAAAGCUCUUGUGGGAGCGGUGAAUGCUCAUGUGUUGGCCAGUACAUUCUCCCUUGAUUCCCAUCAGUGGAUCAAGCUAGGAGAGUCUCUGGGCUUGGUACUGAGGGCAUGCAGUGCUUCCAAGCAACCUUAUGGUCAAGUGCAGAUCACAACUAUUGGAGAAUCCCUGAAAAAUUCAGUCGGCUUCCUUGGAUCAGCGGUAAUGGUGGGGUUACUGAAGGAAAGCCCCAAUAACAGUCCCAACCUGGUUAAUGUGCUGACUCUGGCUCAGGAGGCCGGCAUCAUGAUAAUCAGAAACCAUGCUGGUGAAGACCAGAAGCUGGCCAAGAGCUUAUGUAUGGUGGAUAUUUCUGCCAGUGGGUCCAGGUAUAAGGCAACUGGUUCAGUCCUAGGGGAAGUCCCAGUCUUGCUGGAGCUUAAUGGAAGCAUCUUCAGACAACCUAUCCCCCUCUCUGGGAAUCUGCUGUUCUUCAAGGGUAUGACAACCCCUCAGGUUCUGCCCUCUGUUGCUGGUAUAUUGGCUGCUGCUGGUGUGGUGAUAGAGUCGUUCAGUGCAUCGGUGGCCGACAAUGGUGAUCAGUGGUGCUGCAUUGGGCUGUCCUCUCUUCUGGGGGACCUUGAAGCUCUGAAGCCUCUGGUGAAUGAGGUCACACAGGUCUUUGUCUAAACGCCUGAGAGAGUAUCUCACGACAGUCUAUGAAGACUCCCUCUCCGAGUCCUCACUGUUUAAAUCUAACCUUUAAAAUGUAGAAUUGGACCAGUUUCCCCAUGAACACUAAUGAGCACACUGCUUAAUUAGAGCUUUGAACAUGUUAGACUUGGACAUGAAAUGUCUGUUACAUAUAGAGGUCGCAAGUUUUCAAGCCACCUGAAAACAUGUUUUAGAAGUUUUAGAAGUCACUUGUUUGUAUGUAAGUUGCAUUUCCCAUUUAAUAAAACCCACAUGACCAACAA